AUGAACGAACAGCAACAACCACUUAUUAAAAGUAAACUCUUGUUGAAUGCAUUCAACUCUACAAACUCUUUUCAUCACCACACACAUAGGGAUAUAAGUAAUCACAUGUGUAGUCAUUCCGAGGGUUCUUUGGGAAUAGAGAUUUGGAAUGUAGGCGGACAUUUGACUGAAGUACUUUACAUGCGAGCUAGUAAGCAUACUUCUAGUAUCAAGCAUGUGGCCAUAUUAUAUCCAGGAAAUCCUGGAAUCAUUCAAUACUAUCAACAGUAUGCUGAAGCAUUGUAUCGUCACUUUGAUGGGGAGCUUGAAAUUGUUGGUUGUUCUUAUUUGGGUCACGCAUCUUAUAUCGCAAACAACGAUAACAAGAUCUACAGCCUUGAUGACCAAAUUACACACAAGGUAUUAUUUUUUGAUGUCGUCAAGGCUCAAUAUCCAGCAUCGACAAACUUUAUUCUCAUUGGCCAUUCUCUUGGAACCUACAUGUCUCUUAAAGUCUUGUCUUUUCGUCAAGACUGUUCGAUUGUAAAGAUUGUUGCAUUGUUUCCUACAUUGCAUUCCAUGAGUGCAUCUCCAAAUGGUCGAAAAGCAAGUGUAUAUACAUUUCCUCCUAUUCGAUAUGUUACUCGACAGGUUAUAUCGUGUAUCGUGUCGAUUCUUCCUCGCAAUCUGCUUUUUUUGUUGGUUAGUGCGCUGACAGGCAUCCAUGGUCCAGUACUGUAUAUUACGACCAAUAUGUUGACAUCUUCCACAAAUACUGCAAAUGUGCUUUACCUUGGUGCUUGCGAAAUGCACCAGAUUCGUGAUUUAAACGACCUGGAUGUGAUUUCCACUCAUGCAGACAAGUUUAUCAUGUACUAUGGGGUGGACGAUGGAUGGUCUCCUGUUGAGCAUUAUCAAGAUAUGUCUAGAAAGGUUCCUGCAGCCAAAGUGAUGCUGUGUGAAAAAAGUGUACCGCAUUCGUUUGUUGUUGAACACUCUGGUUUGAUGGCAAAGCUAUCGUUUGAAUGGUUGCGGGAUCUUGUAUUGCAGCAGUAG